AUGAAUUUAACAAACAAUUGGACAGAGCAUGGACCUGAUUUGUCACCAGCAUCAUUUACUUCAACUGCUGCAGCUUUAUUGAUUAUAUUGCUAAUUGUUGGUGCUUGUGGACAUACUUUGGUGGUGAUGACGAUUGUUCGAAAGAAGCGUUUACGGACUUUCAGCUACUCUUUUAUUGCCAGCAUUAGUUGCAUUAAUAUCACAUUUGUCUUGUUAGUUAUCUUGCCAACUAUCGACACUUUCUUAAACCAAUCAUGGAGAAUUGGACAUGGUAGCUGCCUCAUGCAAGUAUAUCUCAAACCAAGUGUUAUCAGUAUUAUUCUCUGGCAUUAUUUGCUCUUGUCCAUCAACCGAUUCACAUUUCACAAAUUCAACAGUAAAUACACAACUGUGACCAAGCGUGCGACAAUAGGUGUUGCAUUAACAUUUUCCUGGAUCUUUCCAGGUCUGGUAACAAUGAUUCCUUUUAUAAUCACGCUAGAUUCCAUGUCAUACAGUCCAUUGGUUUUUCUGUGUGUUCCGAGCAAUGGAUACGGUCAAAUAGGACUUGUAAUUCCACUCGUCAAUAUUGUAUUUCCGUCUAUCAUUGUUUUUUCUAUGGUUGGCCUUAUUUUUAGACAUUAUAGCCGAAAACGCAAGAUUGUACGGCCUGCACCGAAUAAUUCCACAGGUGUACAGAUAACAUUGAAUGUGCCAAGGCUUAGUACGCAUGAAACUCAGUUUCUUAAGACAUUGCUAGUGACAUUUGUGCUGACCAUAAUUAGCUACGUGCCAUAUCAAGUAUUAAUGUCUUGUGAUCCGGAUAUCAGUCUACCAGAUGUAUGGAUUUUAGCCAAUGUCUGGCUCUUUGCUGUGAACUGUCUCAUCCCAGUUGUUUAUGGUGCUAUGAACAACAGAUUCCAGGAAGCUUAUAUUGAAUUACUGUUGUGCGGAUUAUGUAAGCCCAUUGAUGAUGUCACCGGCACUAUACCGCGUGACGGUCGAACUGUGGCUAAUACACAGAUAAACGAUGUUCAUCAUUUAACUGUCAUUGAGAUUCCUUAA